GGUAAGUGCUCCAUGGUCACCAUCAAGAGGUAGAGAAGGUCAUGAAUGCGGCCAAUGGCAGUUGGGCAAGGUUUAGAGAUGGCAUUCAGCGCAAGUAUCGGUUGGGCGAUGGAUUGUUGACCACCACAAACCUUGAAGCCAUGAAUAAGGAUGACUUCACUACAAUAGGAACGUUUGUGCAAGAGUUCAAGAAAAUGGCGAGGAAAGUUCAUGGGAUCUCAGAAGAGGCGCAAUGUGCCAUCUUUCUAGGGCUGCUUACCGCAUCAGAGGCCUCAGAAUUAACGAGCCAUGGAGGGGGCAAUGCGAAGCUUACCUGGGCCACUAUUGAUAAGGGAGUGGAAGAUGGGAGCCUGGACCAGGUAGAGCAGCAUCAGAUGCGCUUGCAGAGGAGGAAGAGAAAGGAAAGGGGCACCACUGCAUCUGGAACCCCAGGGGUCAAAAGGAUUGUUACCGACGUGCUUGCGGAAUUGGGCUAUGGCAAGGAUACCGAGGCACCUCCUCGGAAGGGACCCGAGCCUCAGUGUAGGAAAGAAGUGGUAGAGGUCCCUGAAGAGGAAGAGGAAGAGGAUGAUGAUGCGGAGGACGAGAGGCUCCGACAAGAGGAGGAUCGGCGGACGGAAUUAAGGGCCAAGAAAAGAGGGAUUCGGGAGGAAGCUGAGCCAAGCCAGCAGGACGACGUGCCCAAGAAAAAGAAGUACGCAGUCCAGCUAGAAGAGGGCUUUAAUGUGGAGAGAAUGGUGGACAGGCUCCUCGAAGGUCAUAACGUCCUCAUGAACUUGAGGGAUAUUCUGGCCUGCCCCCCGAGAUUCCGAGAUGGUUUGAAGGGACUGUUAUCUCGGAGGUUAUUACCCAGUGUCCAUCUGAGUACGAUCCUGCCAAGGGAGGUAGGAUGGACAGAAGCCGGAACGAGGAUGACCUGGAAAUGUGCGACGUGCGGGUUGGUGGAUUUAGUGGUGAAGGAGAAGAAGUGUGUUGCAAUGAUGGACACAGGAGUCGAGAUGAACAUCAUCAAGGAAAGGGAUGCCCUCAUGCUUGGAUUGGAGAUUGACCGGGCGGAGCAUGGCAUAUUGCAUGGAGCUAAUUGCAAGGCAGUUUUUUGUGGCAUGGCAUCCAAUGUGAUAAUAGAAAUUAGUAAGGUACGGGCGAGGACUUGCUUCUUUGUCAUGUCGGACGUCGAUCACCCUAUCCUCCUGGGAAGGUUGUUCAUGUGCAGGACAGAGACUUCGAUCUUCAAUAAGCACGAUGGGACGAUGAUACUGCUCAUGAGUGAUCCAGCUUGUGGGAACUAUGAAGUUAUCACCUGCCGGAACACGGGGUCAGAGAGCGAGCGGAAUAGGCCUAAUCCCGACUCGUUCACCUUUGUAGCAUCGGAGAAUGAGCGGAGGAGGCUUUGGGAAGAGCACGUGGAGGAAGGAAGAGCAGAGGUGUUGUCGCUAAGCCUCACAGAUGUAAAUAAGGCUAUGGAGAUAGUGGCGACAUGAGAUGGCGGAUCCGGAGGCGAUCAAAGUGUUGAGGGAGCAAGUUUUGGAAAACCCUCAAGUGAGGGAAGUGGAGUUGAUCUAUCGACUUCCCGGGGGAAGAGGAGGCCCUGCGAUGGUGCAAGCGCAAACAACAAGCCGGCCUUUUUUAGGGGACGGCUUAAGCAGGGCUCCCAAAGGCGGUACAAGACGAUAAAUAAAAAGUGUCGCCCUGUUCCCGUGCUCAUUACAGAAGAUGAGGAAGCAUACUACGGGCAGGAACGAGGAUUGAUACGGCUUAUGCGAGAACAGGCGCUGAAUGGUCCAUGCCGUAUCAAUAAGGAAAAUGAAGGGAAGCUGAUAGU